CAUUAUACAUAGUCCAGUGUAGAUUUACCCUCAACAGGGAGAAAAUUAGUGAGAAUACCGAACUUCGCCGGCAUAGUGGGUCUUAUUUAGAAGUUGAUCACACUCUUUUUUGUAAGCUGCGACAACGGCUGAGAAUAGGAAUUUGGAGUUACAUGGUGUAGUGUGGACUGUGGAAACAAGAAGUGGCGUUGUUCGGGAACUGAAUUUUUGUGGUAAACUCUUUGUUUACAUUUUGCAAAUAUAAAGCGAAAAAUCAAAUAAAAUGCCUUCGGACCAAAUACAGUAUUCUGAAAAGUACAACGAUGAUAAAUACGAGUACAGGCACGUCAUCUUACCAGCAGACUUGGCACGUCACGUACCCAAGUCACAUCUUAUGACUGAAACGGAAUGGCGAAACUUGGGAGUACAGCAAAGCCCUGGAUGGGUUCACUACAUGAUGCACACUCCAGAACCCCAUGUUUUGCUCUUUCGAAGACCAAGGGUAGAUGUGAUACUCAGCAUACGAAAUGCUCCUAUUCAGCAGCAGACAAUUACUGUUUGAUUAAGUACUAGACACGAAUGGGUCCAUUAUAAGCUUUUGUAAUACCAUGUCAUCUGAGUUGUGCUAACAUUCUUUAACUGAAAACGUAAAAUAACAAGUGUUCAUUACUAUUGUACAAGUUUAAUCUUAGUAUUAAAUGUAAGUUGAUUUGUUCAUUACCCUUACUUAUUUAUGGAAUUCAACAUUUAUCGUUAACCAUUUAUAUAUUUGUAUGAAGCUCUGCUUCACUUGAAAUUGUCAAUAAAUAUCCUAUACCGAAGUAACAUCUAACUGAAAAAUAGCAAGAUGACGAAACGACAAUCAUUCCGUCAUGUAUUAAUUACUUGAGUCGUCCUUGAAUGUAAUAAAAGUGGAUAUUUAAAAAAAAUUGUACUUUUUCUUCGGUAAAAUUUAAUAUGUGCUUUGUAAAUUGUUAGCAAUUGGUGUUAUAUCAAUAAGAAUACACGGUUUUAUUGGCUUUUGAUACUAAAUUUUCUUUUACUUAUUACAUAUUGCUUAAAGAACGAUACCAAAAUUAAACUAGCACAUCAGAUAAAUAUAUUACGCGUAAGGUUUUACAAGUUUGUAAAAGGUUCUCCGAUAUCCUAGCAAAAUAUUCUUAUAACUAAGAUGAUAGUCAAAUGUGCAGUCAAAGACCUGUUGACAAAAUACGAUAUAAUCAUGCAAUCGAACAAAAACUUUGUUUAACCAACAUAUACAAAUGUCUCUGGCUGAAAACAGUAAGAGACCCAAUCAUUCAGUGCACUUUGGCGACACUCUUUCCAACGAAAAUUUCUGGAUACUUUUUUUUUAACAUCUCACCAUUCUCCGAGUUAUAUGUGAGCUUAAAUUAUCGCCUCAUUUCAAAUAAACCCGUAAUUGUUACCUACGUACAAUCACUACAUGAAAUGUAGUCACUGGAAUAAUUAGAAAAUAUAAUACUCGAAACGUACUUUCUUUCCUGCUUCAACAUUAAUCCAGAAUUCAAUAGGUCAUUUUCUUAGAAUCGCAUCAUUACACACAAUGCGAACAGGCACCGUGAUAUCUUCAAUACCCGAUUUAUUCCAGGGCGUGUAAUAUCUUUUUCAAUUGUAAGCUAUGUUGAUGUUUCUUAA